UUGAUAUUGUUCGCAUGGACAUUUAUUGUUCGUGAUUGAUAUAGUCUAUGCUCUACGCCUCAGUCGUCAGAGGCUGUGAAGGGCCUUGUUUUGAAAAUUGUAUCGAGUGUGGUUUUGUGCGUUUGUUUUAUUCGGUAGUAAACCUAUGGCUGCAUAAUUAUUUAAUCGCAAUGGAGGGCAACCCGCCUGGCGACCCGGAAACGAAGGCGAGGGAUGUUCGGCUUCAAGGAUGUUUUCCUAGCUUGGGGGACGAAGACGACAAAAAGAAAUUAUUAUGGAUGGGAGGCGUAAUGAACUGCUUCUCCAACGUCUUAUCAUUCUUUAGCCAAACAGAUCUCAAAGCACAAGAUGAAGAGUGGGACGUACCGUACGAGAAGCUGUCGAACUUGGUGUACCUGGGGGCGGGAGCCCAGGGCAUCGUGUUCGGCGGCUCCUACCGCGGCGAACUCGUCGCGGUCAAGAAACUGCGCGACAGAAAUGACUGCAACAUCAAACACCUACGCAAGCUUAAUCACGAAAACAUAGGUAAGUCACUAUUUACAGCAUAAUCCUAGCAAAUAGCUUCGUAAGCUUUUGUAUACCAUUGACAGUGUGGUAUAACUUAGACGUAAACCGAAAAUUUUGACAGUAUGAAACAUGGCGUCGCCAUGCUGUUUUAAAUAAGGUAUAUUCCCUCGGUAACAUCGUACAACGGCAACGUCCAGUGCAGUAACAGUGUGGUGCGUUAAGACAUAUGUAGGUGCGUCAAGCUGAAGUUUUAGCCAAGAAUAUUUUGUCAGAAACACCGUGUCCACAUAUUUUUCUACAUUUUCCAUUGUUGAACAAACUCUUCAGCUUAAUAAUUUGAGGGCAUGGGAGAGCCCCAGCCAAGUCUCGAGCAAAGCCGGAAAAAAGGAAAA